AUGUAAUAAGAAAUUUAUAAAGAUAGAACAGCAGCAAAUGAAAAUACUUAAUAAAUCAAAGCCGCAGAAACAUUACAAUCCCUUGUACAAUAUGUGAAUGACCUCACUGAAAUCGUUAAUGAAGUCAAACUCAAGAAUCAGGCAGAGUUCAUCCUUGCAUAUUAAAGUCAUAUGAAAAAAAUCAAGGCUGAAUUAGAAGAAUUAAAAUACAAAACUGAAGAACAGAAAAAUAGUAUGGUCUUAAAUAAAGUUAAGGCAACUUCAAAUGAAAAUGAAUUGGUAAAUUAGUAUGUUCAUUUAGACACUGUUUCGAUAAGAAUGUCUUAAACUAUAUGAAAAAAUAGAGUAAAAAAACAAAGAAAAUUAAGAACUCAAAUUUACAUUGCAGGAAUCCAAAAAGACAAAUGAGUUUCUUGAAUCCUAAAUUAAAGGCUUGAUGAAAAAACUCAAAUUGCAAGAAAUUGAGAAAUAACAAUAACCAACACCUUCAGUAGAUUAAAUCUUUUGUACCACUGCUCCUACUAAUCAAUUUAGUAAUGAAUUCAAUUAUCUUCAGAGGUUCUUAAAAGGAAAUUAACAGACUACCAAUCAAAAUUAGACAUAUCUUCAUCAUUAUCAAAACAUCAUUAUGCUUCUAUUAGAGAAUUAUUUGAUUCUGAAUAUCAUUAGAAGGAUGAAGAAUUAAUUGAAAAAAUUUCUAAGUAUUUACUUACAUUAUGAUUUAAGAUAUGUUACUUAAAUAGAACAGAAAUACUAAAAGCAAAUAUCAGCAUUGAAUUAAAAAGCUAAUAAUUUAUUGAUCUCUCAAAAUAAGAAAAGCGUCAUUCGAAGUGAUCUUGAAUCAUUCUUUUUAGACUGUGUAGAGACUGUCAGAAGAGAUAUUUUAAAGAAAAAAAGACCCUUUGGAACAAAUUAAUAGUUGCAGGCUUCAAUUGAACAUAUUUCUGAUUUUUCUCAAUUUCAUAAGGAGGACAAAUUAAAAAUACUUGAACUAGUAGUUAGUAAUGAAAAAAUCUUAGUCUUCUUAUACUAAAAAUUAUUCCCUAAUCACGUUAAUUUAGUCAUAAAAUCAAUAAGAGAAGAUAUUCAUAUCAAUAACUUCUUGGAUGAAAGUGUUAAGUGUGAUUCCUCAAACAAUAAUCAUAGAUCUGGAGAUUACAAAACUGAUUUCCCAAAAACAACUAGGGAAGUUCGUUCAGCUUCAUUGAAUAAAUAAUUGGAAGUCAAAAAAGGGAAACUAUUAUUUAAAUAAUAUUGA